AUGUAUAUACACCACUUUGACGGGCAGGAGAAUCAUACCAUCUGCUUUGCCAUGCAGGAUGGUAUCAAAACAAAGAGAGAAAACCGUUACAAGCAUUAGAAGAGAAAAAAAAAAUUAUCAAUAAUUAGAAAAUAAUCCCAUCAGAUUUGCUCUGCAGUUGGUAUCAAUGUUUUUGGACCCGGCCCGGUGGCUGGCCCGUUUUGACCACCGGGUCCGAGUCAACAGGUUGAACCGAUUCACCCGACCGGUUCAACCGGUCAACUAAAGUCAACUAAAAAACUUUUUUUUGGGCAUUUUUAAUUUUUUAUUGAAUUUUGCUUUUAUACCUUACCUUCACGGUUUCACCCGAAAACGAUACAGAUCGUUUUGAGCAGAACAGACGAGGGAGAUGAAGAUGAUCGGCGAAAGAGAAGAAGUGCAACGACGGAGGAGAGGAUCGGCGGAUGCUCGACGGAAAAGAUGAUCGGCGGACGAUUGGCGGUAGAGAAGAUCGGCGAACGAUCGCGGAAGAGAGGAUCGGUGGACCAUCGCGGACAAGAAGAUCGACGGACGAGAAGAUCGGUGGAAGAGACGAUCGGUGGACGGUCGGCGGAUGAUCAGCGGACGAUCGGCGGACAAUCGACGAACGAGAAGAUAAUGAAAAUUUCAACCCGACCGGUUGCAACGGGUCGCACGAGUUUAACGGGCGGGACGGGUCUGACGGGUUUCAACGGGCCAUUUGCUUAAACGGGUUGAAGUAUUCAACCGACCCGUUUUCAGGUCCAG